CGCCACAACACCACAAUGUCGUUCAUCAAGCCCAUGCAAGGCUCCCCCGAGUCUUCUCUCACACCAUUGUUCCUCAUUCACGCCGUCUCCGGCCUCGCAAACCCAUACUCUCGCCUCGGUCCUCUGACCAAGCCCUCCUUCGCUAUCUCUCAAGAUGAAGAGCGUAUGGUCUACGGCAUCUCCUCUCCUCUCUACACGCACCACGGCAGCUUCAAGGCACCUCGCACUCUCGAAGCAAUGGCAAGGUUGUAUGUCAACGCCAUCAGAAAGAAGCAGCCAUACGGACCAUACCUCCUUGGCGGCUGGAGCAUGGGAGGGAUGCUCGCUGUGAAAAUGGCUGCGAUCCUCAUGGGCGAGCAUGGAGAGCAAGUCCUGAAGGUGGUAGUCAUUGAUGGCGCAAAUCCAGAGAAGCUGCCGCCUAUGAGCGGAGAGGAGCAGAAUGUCAUGGGCGAUGAGAUAUUCGCGCGGAACUUGGCUUUUGCAGGUGGAAACAGUGGGAAGACCAGAGCCAGGUCGUUAGCAGUGCCAAGCUCCGGUGAUUCUGCAACUAGCAGUGACUCAGAAGCCUCGACACAUGCUUCCAGCCCGCUUGAGACUUUGCUGCUCAAGAUACGAUCGCAUAUCGCGCUUGGGCUGGAACUGAUGUCAUGUGUUGAGCAAGGAAGCUGGGUUCAGGUUGGUGACCCGCUAAAGACAAAGAUGACCCUUGUCAAGUGCGUUGACGAGGCGUAUCUUGAGGAUGGCCAGUUUGGAGAUAAAGGAGUGGGUGUGAGAACAUUGAUGGCUGAGGAGUGUAUGGGUUGGAAUGCUGAUUGUUUUGACUCGCUUGAAGUUAUUAAGCUGAUUGGGCCGACGCAUGAUACGUGCUUUGAGGAGAAGUUUGUUGGGAAGUUGACGGAUAUUCUGGCUGAGUGUUUGAUUGGUGUUCACUGA